AAAAACUGUCAAAUGGUUUUUGUUGGUUGUCGGACGUUGGAUCGCACAAUUUACAUCACAAUCAAUUCAACUAAUCAACUUGUAUUUUACAAACAAAAUUAAUCUAGUCCACUCUCCACGCUGGGAGUAAAUGUGUUUUCUGUGAGUCAGAGUCACCGAAAUGGCUGACUUGCUUGCUGUUCCGUUGAAAAAGUCUUCUGACGUCGAUAUUGUAAAACCAUUGAAGAAUAUAAUCCAAUCGACAUACAAUACAGGAGACAACAGUGAAGACCACAGCGAUGCAAUAGAAGAGCUGGCGCGGCUUAGAGUUAAUGCUAUUUGGAAAGUUUUCGAGAAAUCCUCUCUAGAAGUUAUUUACAGCUACUAUGACCAGCUGACGUCGUUGGCGACCAAAGUGCCGCCUCAGGAGCUGCAGAUACCCUUCAAGUGGAAAGAUGCCUUUGACAGAGGCUCCAUUUUUGGAGGACGCAUGAGCCUAACUGUCGCGUCGCUGGCGUAUGAGCGUGUCUGUGUCCUGUUCAACAUUGCGGCCCUGCAGAGUGCUCUCGCCGCCCAACAGCCAUUAGACACAGAGGACUCCCUCAAGCUUGCAGCUAAACUCUUACAGGUUUAUAAGAGAGUAUUUAGUUUCUUUAAAUGCCAAUUGAUAUAAAAUGAACUCCAAGAAAGCUCC